CACAGUGACGCUGCAUCUCUGACUUCUCGCCAGCCAACUUGCCACACUCAACCUUCAGGCUGUGAGACUGAGCCGCAGCAGCUGAAAUUCGUCUUUGAUUCAGGUGCAGGAGUCUGAGGUGAUGAAUUUGAGUCCGUGGGGUAGGUCUGAGGAGCCCGAAUGCCUGCUUUGUAGAAACAUCAGUGUUGAACAAAGAGCUGAGAUCCUGCUGUGUCUAUCACCUCUUGAGGUUGCCAAUCUUAAGGAGGGAAUCAAUUUCUUCCGAAAUAAGAGCACUGGCAAAGACUACAUCUUAUACAAGGACAGGUGUCACCUGAGAGCAUGCAAGAACAUGUGCAAGCACCAAGGAGGCCUGUUCAUAAAGGAUAUCGAGGAUUUAGAUGGAAGGUCUGUUAGAUGCACAAAACACAACUGGAAGUUAGACGUGAGCACCAUGAAGUAUAUCAAUCCUCCAGAAAGCUUCUGUCAAGAUGAGCUGGUUGUCGAAAUGGAUGAAUACAAAGGACUUUCACUUCUAGAGCUGAAUCCUCCUAACCCUUGGGAUUCAGAGCCCAGAUCUCCUGAAGAUUUGGCUUUUGGAGAAGUGCAGGUAACAUAUCUCACUCAUGCCUGCAUGGACCUCAAAUUGGGAGACAAGAGAAUGGUGUUUGACCCGUGGUUAAUUGGUCCUGCUUUUGCCCGGGGAUGGUGGUUGCUACAUGAGCCUCCAUCUGAUUGGCUAGAGAGGCUGUGCCAAGCAGACCUAAUUUACAUCAGUCACAUGCAUUCAGACCACCUGAGUUACCCUACACUGAAGAAACUUGCUGAGAGAAGAUCAGAUAUUCCUAUUUAUGUUGGAGACACAGAAAGACCUGUAUUUUGGAAUCUGAAUCAGAGUGGUGUCAAGUUGACUAAUAUCAAUGUGGUGCCAUUUGGAAUAUGGCAGCAGGUGGACAAAAAUCUUCGAUUCAUGAUCCUGAUGGAUGGUGUUCAUCCAGAGAUGGACACUUGUAUUAUCGUGGAAUACAAAGGUCAUAAAAUACUCAACACUGUGGACUGCACCAGACCUAAUGGGGGAAGGCUGCCUAUGAAGGUGGAUCUAAUGAUGAGUGAUUUUGCUGGAGGAGCCUCAGGCUUUCCAAUGACUUUCAGCGGUGGAAAAUUUACUGAGGAAUGGAAAGCCCAAUUCAUUAAAACAGAAAGGAAGAAGCUCCUGAACUACAAGGCUCAGCUGGUGAAGGACCUGCAACCCCGAAUUUAUUGUCCCUUUGCUGGGUAUUUUGUGGAAUCCCACCCAUCAGACAAGUACAUUAAGGAAACAAACACCAAAAAUGACCCACGUGAACUCAACAAUCUUAUCAAGAAGAAAUCUGAUGUGAUAACAUGGACCCCACAACCUGGAGCCAUCCUUGACCUGGGUAGGAUGCUAAAGGACCCAACAGACAGCAAGGGCAUCAUAGAACCUCCAGCGGAGACUAAAAUUUACAAGGAUUCCUGGGACUUUGAACCUUAUUUGAAAAUCUUGAAUGCUUCUAUAGGAGAUGAAAUAUUUCUUCACCCAUCCUGGAUAAAAGAAUACUUCACUUGGGCUGGAUUUAAGGAUUACAACCUUGUGGUCAGGAUGAUUGAGACAGAUGAUGACUUCAGCCCCUUUCCUGGAGGAUAUGACUAUUUGGUUGACUUUCUAGAUUUAUCUUUUCCAAAAGAAAGACCACACCGAGAGCAUCCCUACGAGGAAAUUCGGAGCCGGGUUGAUGUCAUCAGACACGUGGUGAAGAAUGGUCUACUCUGGGAUGACUUGUAUAUAGGAUUCCAAACCCGGCUCCAGCGGGAUCCUGACAUAUACCAUCAUCUGUUUUGGAAUCAUUUUCAAAUAAAACUCCCCCUGACACCACCCGACUGGAGGUCAUUCCUGACACACAGUGAACAGAACAGAGCUGAGAAUUCCCUGUCAUGCCAAAGAAGAUGAAAUACUUGGGAAUUUCUCUAACAAAGGAUUUGAAAGAUCUCUAUUAUAAAGAGAACUAUGAAACACUGAGAAAAGAAAUAGCAGAUGUUAAUAAAUGGAAGAACAUACCAUGCUCGUGGUUGGGAAGAAUCAACACUGUUAAAAUGUCCAUAUUACCCAAAGAAAUAUGCAGAUUUAAUGUAAUCCCGAUCAAAGCACCAAUGUCAUACUUUAAAAACUUGAAAAAAUAAUACUUUGUUUUAUAUGGAAUCAGGAAAAAAAAAAAUCCUGAAUAGCCAAUACAAUACUUAGAAAUAAAAAUAAAUCUGGAGAUAUCACGCUACCAGACUUCAGGUUUAUAUACAAAUCUUUUUAUAUGAUAAAAGCAGCAUGGUACUGGCACAGAAACAGAGAUGUAGAUAUUUGGAAUAGAAUAGAGAAUCUAGAGAUGAACCCAGCCACAUACCGUCAUUGAUCUUUGAUAAGCCUAAAAAAGCAUGCCUUAGAGCAAAAAUAUCCCUAUUUAAUAAAUGGUGCAAGGAGAACUGGCUAGUGACCUGCAGAAGACUGAAACCUGAACCUUCUCUAAAGAAGACAGAUAAGUGACUGACUAACAUAUGAAAAACUGUUCAGUGGCCCUAAUUAUGAAAGUAAUGCAAAUUAAAACCACCCUGAGGUAAUAUCUAACCCCAGUGAGAAUAGUCCACAUCACAAAAAUCUCAAAACUUCAAAUGCUGGCGUGGAUGUGGAGAGAAGGGAAUGCUUUUACACUGCUUAUGCUGCUGUAAAUUAAUACAACCUUUUUGGAAGGAAGUAUGGAAGAUCCUCAAAGAACUCAAACUAGACCUUCAAUUUGAUUCUGCAGUCCCAUUACUGGGCAUCUACCCAGAAGAAAAAAAAUCCUUUUACCAUAAGGACGCUUGCACUAGACUAUUUAUUGCAGCUCAAUUUACAAUCACCAAAAUUUGGAAACAGCCCAAAUGCCCACCAACCCAGGAAUGGAUUAAGAAGCUGUGUUAUAUGUAUACUGUUAUGCCCAGGAGUUCCCCAAAGACCACACUACCAGACAAGUUGAAUUAAAGAGGAGUCCUUUAUUGAAGAGCUGGCCGGCAACUGCCUCAGUGUCCCAACAUGGGGUUUGGGGGGCAGUUGGGGGAAAACACAGGGUAGGGCGGUUAGUUUACACAGUCUUAUAAUCCCGAGAGCAAAGUACAAUCUACAAUGUGUAAUAACCAACCCAGCAAAAAGACCCCUAAAGGCCCCUAACUGUCUCAGCCUGAGUCCCCGCACGUCUCAACCCCCACCCCCACUCCCGCCCCAAGCAAAAGGAAGAACAUUCCAACCCCAAACCCAGCAGAAGAAAAGAAAUAACUAAAAUUAGAGCAGAAUUAAAUGAAAUUGAAAACAAGAAUUAUUCAAAAGAUCAAUGAAUCAAAAAGUUGGUUUUUUGAAAAAUUCAACAAAAUUGAUAAACCUUUGGCCAACUUAAUGAAAAAUAGAAAAUUAAAGUCUAUAAUAUCAAUCAGAAAUGACAAAGGUGAAAUAACAACAGACACCUCAGAAAUUCAAAAAAUCCUUAAUGAAUACUAUAAAAAACUUUAUUCUCAGAAAUAUGAAAAUCUGAAAGAAAUUGACCAAUACUUAGAAGCAUGCCAACUUCCUAGACUUAAUCAGAAAGAAUUGGAAAUGCUGAAUAGACCUAUAUCAAGUACUGAAAUAGAAUCAACUAUACAAAAUCUCUCAAAAAAGAAGCAUCUGGGACCAGAUGUCUUCACAUCAGAAUUCUACCAAACCUUUAAAGAGGAACUAGUACCUAUAUUACUUAACAUUUUCCAAAACAUCAAAAAAGAAGAAAUACUUCCCAACACAUUCUAUGAAGCAAAUAUCACCCUGAUCCCCAAACCAGGAAAAGACCCAACAAGAAAAGAAAACUAUAGACCAAUAUAUUUAAUGAACAUAGAUGCAAAAAUAUUCAAUAAGAUCCUAGCAAACAGAAUCUAGCAACACAUCAAACGAAUUAUACACCACGACCAAGUGGGUUUUAUCCCAGGGUCUCAAGAUUGGUUCAAUAGACAUAAACCUAUAAACAAACUAAAAAACAAAGACCAUAUGAUUCUCUCAAUAGAUGCAGAAAAGCUUUUGACAAUAUCCAGCGUCCUUUCAUCAUCAGAACACUGAAAAAAAAAUAGGUAUAGAAGGGACUUUCUAAAACUGAUAGAGGCCAUCUACAGCAAAACCACACUUCCACUCAGAUCAGGAACCAGGCAAGGUUGCCCAUUGUCUCCACUGCUUUUUAACAUUGUAAUGGAAGUUUUAACCAUCGCAAUCAGGCAAGAGAAGGUGAUGAAGGGUAUACAAAUAGAGUCAGAAGAGAUCAAACUUUCACUCUUCACAAAUGAUAUGAUUUUAUACCUGGAAAACCUGAGAGACUCAACCACAAAACUCUUAGAAGUAAUCAAAGAAUACAGUAGCGUCUCAGGAUACAAAAUCAAUACUCACAAAUCAGUAGCUUUUAUAUAUACCAAUAAUAGUCAAACCGAAAAAACAGUCAAGGACUCUAUUUCCUUUAUAGUUGUACCAAAGAAGAUGAAAUAUUUGGGAACUUACCUAACAAAGGACGUGCAAGAUCUCUAUAAAGAGAAUUAUGAAACUCUGAGAAGAGAAAUAGCCGAAGAUGUUAACAAAUGGAAAAAUAUACCAUGCUCAUGGCUAGGAAGAAUCAACAUUGUUAAAAUGUCCAUUUACAAAUGCAAUUUGUAAAGCAAUUUACAAAUUUAAUGGAAUCCCUAUCAAAGCACCACCAUCAUACUUUAAAGAUCUGGAUAAAAUAGUACUUCAUUUUAUAUGGGACCAGAAAAAACCUCAAAUAGCCAAGACAUUACUCAGAAAUAAAAACAAGUCAGGAGGAAUCACACUACCAGACUUAAAACUAUACUAUAAAACUAUAGUGAUCAAAACAGCAUGGUAUUGGCACAAAAAAUAGAGAGGUAGAUGUAUGGAACAGAAUUGAAAACCAAGAAAUGAACCCAGACAUCUGAUCUUUGAUAAGCCUAUCAAAAAUAUAAAUUGGGGGAAAGAUUCCCUUUUAACAAAUGGUGCUGGGAGAAUUGGCUGGCAACUUGUAGAAGACUGACUCUCUCAAGUUGGCUGGCAACUUGUAGAAGACAAAAAUUGACUCUCACUGGAUAAAAGAUUUAAACUUAAGAUGAAACUAUAAAGAUUCUUGGAGAGAGGGCAGUAGAAACACUUGACGAAAUUGACCUGGGAGAAUACUUUAUGAGGAAGACCCUCCAGGCAAUUGAAGAAACACCAAAAAUACAUUACUGGGAAAUGAUCAAACCAAAAAACUUAUGCACAGCCAAGAACACAGUAAAGCAAGCAGACAUCCCUCAGAAUGAGAGAGAAUAUUUUCAGGUUAUGCUUCUGACAAAGGUUUGAUAACCAGAAUCCACAGAGAACUCAAACUUAU